GAUUUCUUUUGCACCAAGCAUUCACCACCCGGAAAUAGUGUAAGAAGAGAGAUUUCCCGUUCACAAUGAACUCUCAAAGUUUAAUCCUGCGAAGAAACAGCAGGACAUUGUUACGGUUGUUAAAAUACGUCUCCCGCGCAGAACAAACGUGUUUUAAUCCACCGCUUCCGGUAACGAGGCUCCACACGGACCCGGUUUUGCGAUGCACGUGCGCCGGAGAUUCGCGGAGGUCACAUUACAUCACCACACCGAUCUUUUACGUGAACGCGUCUCCUCACAUCGGACACGUUUACUCCGCCGUGACAGCGGACUGUCUACACCGAUACCGGCUGCUGCAGGGCUUUAACUCCAGGUUUGCUACAGGUACUGAUGAACACGGGCUGAAGAUCCAGCAGGCGGCGAGCGCAGCAGGUAAAGAGCCGCUGCGUUUCUGCACAGAGGUAUCCGACAGGUUUCGGGAUGUGUUCAGGAGCUGUAAUAUCGCAUACACAGACUUUGUGCGGACGACAGAGGACAGACACAGGCGGGCGGUGGAACAUUUCUGGGCUAAGCUGCUUGAUAAAGGCUUCAUCUAUAAAGGCACUUAUGAAGGCUGGUACUCCACACCGGACGAGAGCUUCCUCACAGCCAGCCAGGUGACUGACAGUACAGACUCCACGGGCAGAGACAUCAAAAUCUCCACCGAGAGCGGACAUAAGGUGGAGUGGAUGAAGGAGCACAACUAUCUGUUCCGCCUCUCUGAUUUCCGACCCAGCCUUCAGGAGUGGUUAAGGUCGAACCCUAAAGCCGUUCAGCCGGAGAAGUUUUAUCAUCUCGUCCUUCAGUGGUUGGAGAGUGAGCUUCCUGAUUUAUCAGUGUCGCGACAGAGAAGCCGUCUGCAGUGGGGCAUUCCUGUUCCUGGAGAUCCUGAACAGACGAUCUACGUGUGGCUGGACGCUUUGGUGAACUAUCUGACCAUUGCGGGUUAUCCGGAGAAGUACUCUCAGUGGUGGAACGCCGUCCAUCACGUCGUAGGCAAAGAUAUUUUGAAGUUCCAUGCGAUAUACUGGCCUGCAUUUCUCAUGGCUGCAGAACAGCCCCUUCCUCAGGCCAUAUACGUGCACUCUCAUUGGACGGUGCAGGGAAAGAAGAUGUCCAAGAGUCUGGGAAAUGUAGUAGAUCCCCUUGAGAGCUCUCGGAGGUUCACAGUGGACGGGCUGAGGUACUUUCUUCUCAGACAAGGUGUUCCAGAUAUCGACUGCGAUUACGACGAUGACAAGGUGGCCAAGUUGUGCAACAGUGAACUGGCCGAUUCUCUGGGUGGUCUUCUCAACCGUUGCACUGCACCAUCCCUCAACCCGGAGCAGGUUUAUCCUCCGUUCUGCAACAUUUCCUUUCCGAAAGACUCCAGCGGAAGAGCGGUGCCGGAGGAUUACAAAAUGUUGGAGGCCGUUUCAGGGCUUCCUGCUUCAGUGAAGCAGAACUUUGACAACCUGCACAUGUAUAAAGCGUUAGAAGCCAUUAGCACGUGCGUACGCCUGACUAACAGCUUUGUCCAAAGACACGCGCCGUGGAAGCUCGACUGUGCCGACUCCAAGGAUAAACUCUGGCAUGACACCAUACUGCAUGUGUCUAUGGAGUGUCUGAGGAUUUAUGGCCUUCUCCUGCAGCCUGUGGUACCAGUGCUGGCAGAUAAAAUCCUGUCCAGACUCGGGGUGAGGGCUGACCAGAGGAGCUGGGAUCAUGCGCUCGAUUUCCUCUCAAAGUAUGAAGGAAGACGUUGUCCUUAUGAAGGACGGGCGCUAGGUCCAGACACCGGAGUGCUUUACAGUCGUAUCGAGAGAAACAAUCCGCACCAAAAGGUAAAAAAUGACCAAGCACACAAAAAGACAAGGUCUAAGUAAAGAUUCACCAUACUUUUUGAAAUCUGGAAGUAACCUGAGAAGUGGACUGCAGGAACGCUUGGUGGAGUUUGCCCACACAAUUGGCUCAACUGUGACGUCUACUGAAAGUUAUAACCAUCCUGAUAGUUCAGCAGAGCGCAUGAUCACUUUCCCUAAACCGAGUCCAUCAACCAAGAUGUGUCCAGUUUCUAACAUGUGCUCAAAUAAGCUAAUGCUCCUACGAGGACGGCUGUUAGGGUACACACACACUCGAGUUUGGAACUGCUUUAUACUGGUCAGGGUCAUGAUGGAUCUGGAACCUUCUGGGGAAUAGCCACUGAACAUCUUACACACUCACACACACACUCAUUGAUGCACUCAUUCUCUCUCUCUCUUACACACACACACACACUCACCCAUAUUCUCUCUCUCUCUUACAUACAGUCAUUGACACACUCUCUCUCUCUCGCUCACACACAUGCUCACCCAUAUUCUCUCUCUCUCUUACACACACACACUCACCCAUAUUCUCUCUCUCUCUCGCUCACACACACAUGCUCACCCAUAUUCUCUCUCUCUCUCACACACACACUCAUAUUCUGUCUUUCUCUUAUAUACAAUCAUUGACACACAUUCUCUCUCACACACACUCAUACAAUCAUUGACACAGUCUCUCUCUCUCUCUCUCUCUCACUCACACACACACACACAGCAUUAGGGUUCAAUCUAAUUCAGUUUUUCUGUGUGUGAGAGAUUUAUAAAAGCAGUCCAACUCUGCGGCGGCUGCACCUGAUCUCAUUUGGGAAUAGUUUUGCUUUAAGGAUAAUGUGUAUAAUGAUUAUAGUUCAGUGUGUCGGUGCAGCGGUGUGCGAGUUCACUCAUAAUUAAUACCAUGUUAUUAUUUUGUGAUGGUGCACUUGUCAGAGUCUGG